AUGGCACUCCUCGCGGCUUCCCAAGCCCACUUUGAAAAUGAGACAGUCGCACAAACUCUGCUAACCAAGGGCGUUGAUCCUGAUACCAAAGGCGGAAAAUGCGGCAACGCACUCCAGGCUGCAGCGCACAGAGGUCAUUCAAAGAUAGUCCGGCUUCUCCUGGAGUAUGGUGCAGAUGUGAAUAUAGAGGGGGGUUGUUAUCAGACUGCUCUGUGGGCAGCCUCCUUCCUUGGCCGUGAGCCGGUUGUACAGUUGUUAUUAGAGAUGGGUGCUAAUGUCAAUGCCACCGGAAGACAUGGAAGCGCACUUUAUAUUGCAUCGUUGGAAAACCGGACUAAUGUGGUAAACAUGCUACUGGAACACGGCGCCAGUGUCACGGAGCCAGGCAAAAGUUACAGCGCUGCACUUUACACGGCAUCUUACAACGGCCAUGAGAAAGUGGUGAAGAUGCUCCUCGCUCGAGGCGCAGAUGUAAAUGCGAAGGGCGGAGACUAUGGCAACGCACUCCAAGCCGCAUCGUUCCGCGGUCGUGAGGAGAUAGUUCGGAUGCUACUUGACCAGGGGGCCGAUGUCAAUGCCGAAGGUGGAAGAUUUAGUAAUGCACUCCAGGCUGCUUUAUCGCAAAACCAUCGCAAUGUGGUCGACCUUCUACGCGAGCAUAUAGAAACUUAG